AUGGCCUCAUUCUUUCAGUUACCGACGUCGGGUGACCCGGUGGUCAAGGAAUGCAACCCGGACGGGAACCUCACCGACCAACGCCAGGUCUACUGCAACAAGGUGAUACCGUCCGAGGACCGGCUCAAGACGCCGCUGCAGGUGUUCACGCUGGUGUAUGGGGCCGUGUGUCUGGGGCUGCCGGUGCUGUACUUUGUGAUCAAGCAGUUGGUGGUGUUGGGGAGGAGUUGGAGUCGUCGACGGAGCGGGACAGAGAGGAACAUACCCCCAUCAAUACCGGGAAGUAAAACCAAGAACAAGUCGAGGUCGUUGACGUCCCUCCCGUCGACGAGCACUACGGAAGCGAAGCUGCUGUCGUCGGUUCAGCAUCUUCACUUUCUCGGCGAGGGCGAGGGUGAGGACACUGCUGUCAUCUUGGCGGAUGGUGGUGGUGGUUUGGGGAGUGAGAAUGAGCACCCCUCUCAUCACGCUUACAUUGUCCCCCUGAGAUCACUGGGUUCGACAUCCUCUCCCAUCAGGACAAACCCCCCCAGGAUAGGACUUGGCAACUCGCAUGAUAAACCUGUGAUUCUCGGCUCUGUCGCCCUGCAGCACAUCACAAGAGCUACCCUCCCCAACUGGGUCCGGUACCUGACCAAGCUGAUCAAAGAUGACUUUUCCGCCUCCGGGGUCGUCAUCUCCCUCUCCUCCCCUUCUACCACCACCUCCGACAACAACCAAGACGUAGUCAUCCUCCACGACCUCCUGACCCGCCUCCAAGAAAUCGACAUCCCCACCCUCAUCACCCUCCCCCACGACUUGGCAGACUCCCAACCCCUCUCCCACGUCGACCUGUCACUCGUGGCCGGUCUGAUCAUCCAAAACGCGUGUAUCCUCCCCAACGGAACAAGACGUGACUUCUUCCGGAGCUACCCUCUCCGCAGCCUCAUGUCCCGCGUUCUUGGGGAGAGGUCCGACCGGCCCUGGUUUUUCGUCGGGUUUUGGGAUCGUUGGGAUGUCAGGCCCAGCCCGGCGGUGGUGGUGAGGGGGGAGAAACUGGCCAGGCAUUUUGAGGGGGUGUUGGCCCAUGGCCCCAACGGGGGAGAAAUGGGGAGGAGUGUGAGCGGGUUUGAGGUUUUGAGGAAGCCGGAGACGACGGACUUGCAAAAGGUGUGGAUGGGGCAGGGGAAGGGGGUUUAUUUUGGAGAAGGGGCAGAAGAGGUGGCGGGGUUGGAUUUGGAGGAGAUGAAAGAUUUUUUGCCGGAGAUAGAGGUGUUGUUAAAGGGGGUGGAGGUUGGGGAGGGGGAUGACGACAAGGUGGGGGAGGUGGACAGGCAUCGGUUGUCGCUGCUUUCCUCUACGGCUGGGAGGGGUGGUGCUGGGCGCGAAUAUGAGAUGCCGGGUUCGUUGGUGGGGUUUUGGGACGGGACGGGGGCGGGGGAGGAGGUAUCGUGUUUGGGGUGUGUGCCGCUUCAUGUUGAUGCUACUGCUGAGCAUUACGAGGCGGUGCUGGCUACGCAGGAGCACCUGAGGGAGUUGGAGAUGUUGGAGGUGGUGGAUGAGGUGGUUAUCAACAAGAUUGUUGAGCAGCUCAGGGCUUUUCAGGAGAGUUCCGCCGAGCCGUACUUGGUCAAUGCGCUUUAUGAGGGGUUGAAGCAGCAAAAGGUUGUUGUUUACAAGGGGCUCGCGACGGGGUUUAGUAUCCCGGACAAUGCGGCCGAGUUUUGGGGGGUGAGCAGCGAGUUUUUGGUCGAGGGGGAGGAGAAGGUGGGGGUGAGGUUGUACAUCUCGCGGAGGUGUCCCUGGGAUGUCAGCACCAUCCUUCACACCUGGUUUGCCCACCACGGAUUGACCCGUAUCGAGCGGUUCGAAGAGGAGCUGAGGUUGGAGAAGGCGUUGGAUCCCACCUCGACGGCAGAGGCACCCCUGAGCAUCAGGACAGCCAUCCAGGGCUCGACCCCAGCCGAAGCCCUCAGCCUGCUGCAGCGACUCCAAACCAGCAAAGUCGAGCACGCCUUCAAGCGGCCCAUCCAGGACGACUGCCGGGUUCUCCUCCUCGACGAGACCUCCGUCGCCUCGUGGAACGACGCCCACUCCCGCAAGUAUCAAGAGGGGACCAUCACCAUGGAGCAGCUCCUGCGAAACCGCCUCUCCCACUUUGCCCGCUUGGGCGCGAAAAGACUUCCCUCCCUUGGCAACCUCCUCAAAUUGCACGAGCUGAUGGAAAACUUGGUCGACCACUGCCUCUUCGUCGGCGACAUUGAACCCCUCAACACGAUCAACUCGGCCCUCACCCUCGCCUACGACCCCCUGGACUGCCUCCACGACAGCAAGCACGUCGACCCCAACGCCGAGUUUGUCAUCCUCCUCUUUCUCUGCGCGCUGCGAAAGUCGGCGCUGGAAGACGUCUACAUUGAAGCGACGGACCACUGCCCCGUCUUUUCCCAGCCCGACCAGGCCGCCGUCUUCUCCGAGCUCUGGGUCCUCGGGUCGCAGUGUGAGCUCUACUUUGGCAUGCCGCCGCGUGCUUUGGGUCGGAUCAUCUACGCCCGUCACCGGGAGUUCCUCGCGGCUGACCCGCCGCCGCCGUUGACCAAGGAGCAGAAGGGGUUGAUGACGGUGUAUGCCAAGCCGGAGCCGUCCACCGGGAUCAGGAAGAUUGACCCUGAGGGGCCGGCGAGGCAGGGGUUUAGUGUGUUCAAGGCCGUGCAGGGGAUGAGGAGGGCGACGUCCGAGUUUGGGGCCUUGUCGAUUUUUUGCCUGCCGGCCAUGUUGGACAUUGUGCUGCUGACGUUUUUGGGGAGGGGGUUGUUCAUGACGGCGUACAUGGGGGAGAAGUAUUUGUCGGCGGCGUGUUAUGCCUUGUUGAUCAGCUUGUUGCUUUCGGCGGGGGUGACGGGUUGGGUGGGGAGUGUGGGAAAUUACUACCUCUACAAUUAUGCCUACAACAACAUGGUCUUCUUCCACGUUCAGCGUCUUGCUGGCGGGUUUGCGUUGACCUUGCUGGUGGGUGUUGUCGGGACGGUGAUUCACAUUGUCAAGGUCGGGGUCGCGCCGGCAUUUACGUAUUUUGCGUACCUUGUGCUGAUCUCGACGUAUCUGAACGUGCUGGGAAUCAUGGCCACCAUGCACCAGCACGGCACCCCCCUCACGUCCGGCCGCACCGUCCUCUGGCGCACCCUCCCCCUCCUCUUCAUCUCCCCCAUCGUGUCGACCUACUUCAACGGCCACGACCUCGAAAUCUACCUCUCGGUCGGCUUCGGCUUCUUGAUCAUCCUCCUGAUCCAAUACCGCAGCCUCUGCCACGAGUGGAUCAACUGGCUCGACAACGUGCCCAAGUUUACCGAGAAGGACAUUCUGACUUGGUACACGACCCGGCUGGAGAAGCAACAAUCAUCCGGCAAUCAGAGCAGCAGCAGCACCUCGUCGGUGUCUGACUCCCUCUCGGAAAACCCAGACGACUUCAAGAAGCUCGCCCUGCAGGCCUUUCGCGAGAUAAUCACCCAAGGCAGCACCAACUUUGGCCACCUCAAGAACACGGUUAUCACGCCUGACCCUCUGAUCAGAAGGGUAGUCAAAGGCCUGCCCUACAUCCUCUGGCUCAUGAAGAAGGACGCCACCGAGGAUAACCAACCGGCCGAGAUGUUUUCUGUCGCCUGGUUCUCGCAGCUUUCCCAGGCUCUGAAGCGCCAGCAGCAGAUGGCGCAGGGGUUGAAGGAGCACAGCAUCUUCAUGCUGUUUCGGUACGGCAAGCUGGAUAUCGGGCAUAAUGUGGGCUUGUUUCUGAUUUGUCUGAUGGAUCGGUGGGUGAGCAUCGCGAUGGCGGCCAACUCGGCGCCGAUUGACUACUUUACCACGUUUACGUCGAGGUACGCGAUUUGCUUCGCGAUCCUGUACUUUUGCGCGAGCGUGAUGAUGCUGGAUAGCAUGUUGAGGGAGUACUGGAAGGCAAAGUAUGAUUUGAGCGACGAAAGGCUGGGGAGCUUGGGGGAGGCGGAGGGCGUGAGUGGGGAGUGGGAGAGAAAGCGGAGAGGGCUUUAUUUCUCCGCGCUGUUUCGGCUGGUGCGGAGACUGAUGCUCAUCAUGGGUACCGGGACGAUGCUUGUUUGGACCCUCGUCGACGAUGCGCAGAUGCUCGAACUGUACUACAUUUACCUGUUGGGCUAUUCAGGCGUGAUUCUGUUUCAGUUCAACCGCUGCUUCACCACGGAUCCCUCGUCUCACUUGGCGGCUAUUCUCGUCUCUGCCAUCUUUGGCUUCAUCACUGGGUGCAUGCUCCACGCUGUCUUUCAUGGCAACGGCUUGUUCUUCACCGACGCCAUCGCGCUCAACGUUGCCUCGCUUACGGCGGCAGCGACGACGACCAUUUGGGCCGUGUAUGACUUUGGCAGACCCAAGUUCAAGGAUGGCGAGGGUCGAGUUGACGAGGCUGACACGUUGGUUCAGCCUCGCCUGGGCGCACCCCCCGCCACGUCGGAGAAGACCCACUGGAGGGACCUGCCUGGUACUCCCAUCUUCACGCAAGCUACCGCUGGGUUGCCCGAGAGAGUCUUUGCCUUCUUGCGGUCGAGUCUUGACCGGCCCUCGGCGAACUUUGACAAGGCUCCUUGGGCUAGGCAACUGCUUGAGACGACGGUGCAGCUGUGGCAGGACAAGCAGAUCCAGGUCAACAUGUGCUCUCGCUCGGCGUUUAUUGAGGGCGGGUUCGAAGAUGCUGUGUCCAUCGGCAAGCAGGUUGGUGAGAUCCACUACAUCGAUGUCGCUGGCCUUGGGGAGAUGGACUUGGGCAAUGAGGCGUGGGAGUUGUUGGCUGCUCAAAUCAUCGCCGAGGCUACCCUGCAUCACAUUGCUCGCGCCUCCCUUGGCUUGACUGCCGACCAGGCCAUCCAGGCUGAGCAUAUCCUGUUUGGCACCGAGUCCUUAUCCAAGCGAAUCGAGCUUCAGCUUGCUGGCGAUGAUUACACUAGUCUCCUCAUCGUCAAGGAGACGACCCAGCGCAUGCUGAUGAAGCACCUCUGCUUUGGCGUCGAGAUCGACUCUGAGUGGGAGCUCCUGCCACCUGCUGUUCGUGCUUCCAUGUUCCAGCGCAUGAUGGGCGCGGAGCUCUCACCUUCCAACGGUCUUUUGGAAUGGCUCAAUGAGAGGGGUCUCGACAUCUCCUCCGUCAACUUCCAAGUGGAGCUCUGCAACCUCAUCUUGAGCAAGACUGAAGAGGUCUUGGGUACUCGCACUCCGCCCAACUAUGGCAAUGACAUCCUCGCCGGCCCUGGCUCAGGCAAGACCAGACAGCCCACUCCCUUCUUUGCCCGCAUCAUCAAUCUCCCCGUCACGCUGGCAAAAUGGGUUGGUAUCAUCUCCGGAGGUGGUUCCCACCUUGAGCGAGAACUCUGGUACAACCUGCGGCACUACCCCUGGAUGCGCACACCUCUGAUGUACCUUAUCACGCUCAUCUGGAGAGGAUGCCGCUGGGUCAAGAACGCCAUCACAUCUCUGCUGCUCAUCUACCGCCAUGCCGCCCUGGUCAACAUCUCCCGCCUCGCCAAGAAGGGUGUCUCCAGAACCCUGGUCAAGGACCGCAUCACCGCCGAGCUUCGCCGCAAGGUCGUGACUGGUUUUGCGUCCCGACCUGGUGAGAACUCGAUGACGUUGGAGGUGUUUGAAGGCGCGCUCAAGACCAAGCCGGGAGAGGAACACAAGCCGCUUGCCACUGCCAUCUACGACAACGCCUCUCGUCUCAUCACCCGGCGCGAUAUCUCCAAGAGUGGUGACACUGUCACCACCUACACGUAUGGCGACAGCACCAAGUCGCGGUACCCCAGCUGCAAGGUCGUUUCCGACCAGAAGCACACCAAGCAGUGCUUCUACGACAAGAAGGGACGCGUCACCCACGGCACCAUGGCCUACGACGGGAUCGAGUACUCGUUCCAGUACUUUUACAAGUCCAGCCCCAAAGGCAACCACGAAAUCCUCAAAGCCGAAUUCAAGCCGGCCACCGCCAACCACCACCACCACCACAACAACGACAACUCGUCCUCCGACAGCAUGGCCGUCUUUUGGGGCACGCCCCUCCGCGAAGACCUCUCCUCGGAGAAGCUGAACUGGGUUCCUUCGGACCGCGUCUGCCGCGUCGUCAGGACCAUCGCUGGGAAGAAGUACGUCACCACAAGCGACUACCAACACCGUCGCGACCCCGUCAUGAUGACGGUGCUGCUCUCGGAACAAGGGGACAACGCCAAAGCAGCAGCAGCAGCAGCCGUCACCAAGCCCCCCGUCGUCUUCCAGCACGAGGAGAUCUUCCUCCAACGACCCAACGACCACUACUUUGAGAACGACGACCUGCUGAUCCACCACCGGGUCGACCACGUCCGGCGGAUGGCGCGCUUCUGCGGGCACAGCAUGUCGUGGAUCUCGGUCCUGAACCCGGCCGCGUGGCUUUACAGACGGCAAAAGACCAUCUACCGGCCCGUGCCGACGUGGUGGUUGAGAACCGAGCUCUGGGACCACUGGCGCAAGGGCGGCGGGGUUCUGGACGCGAUCGCGGCCUGCUGGAUGGACGAGCUCAUCCUCCGGGAGGAGCCCCUGCUCAAGAAGUACUGGAGCGCGAGAAACGCUGGUCAGCUCGACAAGGCAAAGGCUGCGCUGGACGGGGCGAUUGAGCAGAUUGUCAGCGCGAUCGAGAUUGAGAAGGACGUCUCGGAGGUUUGUCUGCUGCCGAUCAAGUACUCGGAUUUGUAUGCUAUGGGGUUGGGGAGGGAUGCGAACCAGCUCACGAUGAGGCCGGGCGAUUGCUUUAGGGACACGCACGAGAGGAUAUCGGUUAUUUUUAAUGACAUAGGGUGCUGGCCGGAUUCCCCCGGGGGGGUGAGCAAUUGCAGGAGGGAUUUGGUGAAUGGGCACAGCACGAUCCGGAAUCAUGUGUUGGCCGAGUCAGCGAAUGAGUAUGGGAUCCCGAGGUUUCAGGUGGAGAAGAGCGUGCAGAGCUUGAAGAUGUUGCCGCUGUGGGGGCUGGACGGGAGGACGCCGAAUCAUGGGGUUAUUGACAAUCUGCUUGAGUCGGAGGUGGACGCCAAGAUUGCUGUGACGGAUACAUAUCGGGACAUUGCCGGCACGUUUGUCCCUUUGAUCAAACUUUUUGUCAAGGGGGCGAGGUCGAGGCAUAUUCCCAAGCAGGAUAUGAUCCACUACAGCAACGCCAUGCUGGGCAUCUUUGAGUUCUUUGAGCACAAGGACUACAACAAGGCGUGGAAGUCAAGGGAGGUGGCGUCUGCGUGGGUGGAGGCUUGGUUGACAGAGUACGACGACGACAACAUUGUUGAUCCGAGCUCCUACUUUGAAGUUGAGAAGCCGUCCAUGACCGACUUUCGCGCGACGCUCGAGAUCUUCUGCUCGUACUUUUUCAUCUUUUCGGUCCAGACCCCCGAGGACUGCCCCAAGGUCUUCCAGUCGACACAUCACGGCAUCAGCAGCCUGUUCGGCAUGCUGCUCAAGUACAAGCGGGGGGCCACCUUUGGUAUCUGGGACCACGCCAUCCUCUGGAGAGAGUGCUGCCUCAACAUCUCCCCCGCCCAGUCCACCCUCCCGCUUCCCGUCCAGUCCAUGCUCCUGUCCGGCAUCGGCCUCGCCAUGAAGCUGGCCUACUUCCACGCCGACGUCGUCCUGCCUUGCACGCCCGUCUUCAACCCCAUCUGGGAGCAAGACCUCGGCACCGACGGCAACCGGCUAUCGCACAAAAAGACGUUUGCCCGCAAGAUCGACCCCAUCGUCAACGGCGUCAGCAACAUGGACGCUUUCAAGCCGGUCGAGCAGGUCGGCACCGACACCCCCACCGUGGUGAUGCUGUCAAACGUCCAGUUCAUCAAGGACAUCAAGACGGCCAUCCUGGCCGCCGACGUCAUCGUCAACAAGUACGGGUUUACCGAGUACAAGCUUUUGGUCUACGGGGCGAGAGACAGGGAGCCGGGGUACGACAUUGACAUGUGCCGGCUGAUCGAGUCGUGCGGCCUGACGAACCACGUCACCCUCAAGGGGUUCGGCAAGCCGGACCAGGCGCUGAAGGACGCGUGGCUGUUUAUGAACUCGUCGCUUUCGGAGGGGCUGCCGCUUGCCAUCGCCGAGGCUGCCCUGGCGGGUGUCCCCAUUGUGGCGACGGCUGUCGGCGCGACUGCUUUGGUGCUCACAAACCCAGAUGACCCGUCCGUGAGGUACGGCGAGGUUGUCCCGCCUAAUGAUCCGACUGCUUUGGCCAGGGCGCAGAUUGCCAUGUUGGCCAUGUCUGGUCCCUGGGCCAAGUUCGCGGGUGAUGUUGACAAGCGGGGCUCGGUGCCGCCUCAUUUGCUCAUGCCGGAUAACUUGACGACUACAGAUGUCAAGUGGCUUACCAAGCGGAUGUAUGAUAAGGCCGAGGACCGGAGGAAGCUGGGGUUGCUCGGGAGGCAGAUGGUGCUUAGGGGGUUUCAUGGGAAGAGGUACCUUAGGGAGCAUGAGCAGAUGUAUUGGAUUCAGUGGCAUUUGGCCGGGAUGAGGAAGGACAAGGCGCUGUUUGACGCCAGGAGAGUUGGGUGGAAGGGGGAGUUGUGGUUGAAGAAGGGGGAGAAGAAGGAUAGCUUGAAAGCGAAUAACCAGGGGGGGUUGCAGAGGAAGAAGAGUGCGAGGUGGCAGGAGUUUACCAGUGGGAGGACGCCGUAUAGGGGGAAGAGAUUGAGCAAGGCACCCAGUAAGCAGCGGGAGGAAAAGGUGGUGGUGACUAGGGUGCAGGAGUUGGUGUAAAGAUUUUGGGUUUUGAAGUUGUGUAUAUGCCCUGAGAAUGAUGGAAAAGCCAAAAAAAAAAAAAAAAAAAAAAGAAAUAGAAAUGUUGUCUAUAUGGGUUGGACGUAAUGUUUGUUGGGUUGGAGGAAAAGUUAUUAUCAUGCCUUGGAUUCUUCCCUUUGUUCAUGGUGUGCUUUUGUUAAUGAUUGAAUGGCUUAUAUAGAUUUAUGGCCUUAACUUGUAGUCGCUAGUUUGUUAAUAAUAUUCCAUCAAUUGAAGAUA